GUUGAUACUCGCUUCAAAACUAGCUGCGCUGUCUUGAUUCCAUUUUUUCGCGACUUCAUUUCCUUCGAGCGAGUAUUUGAGGGGCGAGGAAAAGAACUUCUAGGGCUGUUUUUUUCUCGAAGGCAGAGGUGAACUACAAACAAAUUCAAUAGCCAAGCAACACCCUUCGGCCGAUACCAGCCAGACACUUGUCUGUCACUUCUCAACUGAUACCAACACGCGAGCAAUUAGAACACAUUGCCCAACCAUCCCUUUCCACACAUCCCGGUCACACGCCGGGAACCCUUUCCUAAUGGAUGUUACCGCAAGGAGAACAAGGAGGAUGAUGGGGAAGAAGAGGAACUUGGAUCUUACACCAUCGACUUUUGGAAUCAUACCAAUGGUCACAUCUACCCUCCUGCCACUCCUCCUAUUAAUCAACACCUUUGCCUCGCUAGCCGCCGCUCAAACAACACCGAUUCCGGUCGUCGGCGUCAAGACGGGUGUCGAUUCCAACACGGGACAGAGACCGAUCAGGAGGAACAUCAAUGAUCUCUACGCUAGGGGAGGGCCGCAAUGGGACCUCUACAUUUUGGCACUGUCGGAGAUGCAAGCGAUGAACGAGUCGGAGGAGCUGUCGUAUUUCAGCCUGGCAGGUAUUCAUGGGUUGCCGCACAAGGUAUGGAAUGGAGUUGAGCAGGUUGAGGGUGCGCCUGAUACAGGGUAUUGUCCUCAUGGAGAAACCAUCUUUGCUUCAUGGCAUCGGCCAUAUGUAGCUCUUUUCGAGCAAACCCUAGUCUCCCACGCCCUCGCCAUCGCCUCACGCUACCCUCCCUCCCUCUUACCCGCCUACACCGAUGCCGCUCGCACGCUCCGCCUGCCCUUCUGGGACUGGGCUUCGGACCCUUCGCUCCCCUACGCCGUGAUGAACGAUAGCAUCAAAGUCAGCAACACGCCCAACUCUUCCUUGGCUUCCUUAUCCACGCCCAACAGCAACGGCACCGGCGGCGGGAGCGGUGCGCCUUCGGGAGCGGUGGGUGUUCAAGUUAGGAACCCGCUUUAUAGUUAUCGAUUUCAGGAAGGGAGUGUGAUGUAUCAAUUCGACAGUACCUUGGGGCUGUAUCCCCAGACCUUGCGGUGCAAGUUUGAGGAUUUUGCGGAGGACAACAAGACGGUGAUUAAGAGGUGGAGCGAACCGUGGGUGGCGGAGGAGGGGAUGAAGGAGGUGGGGGGACAACUGAGGGAUAGUGUGUACGAUCUAUUUGUCCGACCCGACCCCCGAGGAUGGGGAGCUGGGGGAUUUGAGGAUCCUCACAAUACAGUGCACAACAAUGCGGGCUGUGGAAAUGGCACCAUGGCCAACAUUGCUUGGUCGGCUUUCGAUCCUCUGUUUAUGCUUCAUCACGCCAACACGGACCGUCUCAUCGCCCUUUGGCAAGUAAUCUACUAUCAAAACGCAACCUUCAAUUAUUCAUUCCCCUCCGGCGGCCAACUUGGCACCAAAAGGGGAACCAUACUCACAGCCGACUCCCCCCUCAAGCCUUUCCACGCCGAGUUCCCUGCCACAAUCGGCAACGGCAACGCCACGCCACCCUCGGAUGCGGGAGGCUUCUUUCACACUAGUAACUCGGUGGCGGACUUACGGACGUUCGGGUACACUUACCCCGAGCUGAACACGGAUUGGCAGACGCCCGACAAGGAUAAACUAGCUGCUCAAGUGAGGCAAGCGGUUAACAAAUUGUAUGGAUCUAGCGAUGACGGCAGUGCGGACGACCAAGGACAAGCGGGAGUUUCAGGACGGGGUGUUGACUCAGACACACUAGAUGAGGAGGAAGACGACACCGAGAACAACGGCGGAAAGAAAACCGUGGAGAACAACAAGAUUACAUUCCGUCACUCUCGGUUCCGAUCACGGUUACGGUCUCUUUCUGCCUCCUCCAGCUACAAGGAGAACGAAGAAGAGGAGGAAGAAGAAGGUACCACAACCACAAGCAGAGACGACGGCAAGCAAACGGAAGAAAACAACAAAAUCACCUUCCGCAGUUCUCGGUCCCUCAGCAAUUCCAACUCCAGUCCCAAAAAGAACAUGAAACAAAAGCGACAAACCUACGGCAGCCAAACUCCUAUUAAAGACUACUACUACACCGCCGAGCUCUCGGUCGACCGCUCCGAAGUGCCUCUCCCAUGCACCAUCUCCUUGAUUGUCAACGGGGUGGUCAUGGGCCGCAUGGCACUUUUAAGCAUGCCGGUGGAGGGGAUCGCGAAGGCUAGCAUGCCGUUGGCGAGGCCGCUUAAGAGUGUUGCGAAGAUUGGAGAACAGCAGCAAGGGUCUCAAAGCCAAAAGAAGGGGGUGGACGAGGAUGAGAAGAUGGUUAGUGGCAAGAGGAAGGGGAGGUGGCCUUCUACGUCUAGGCUUUCAAAUAUCGAGAAGAUGAAGCCGAAGAGGGGGUUGGGACACGUGGAUAUGACUCCUAAGACGAUCAUUCCGUUCUUGAAGGGGAAUAUGACUGUUGAGAUUCGAUCGAACGACCAAACCCUAACCGACCCGUCCACCGUCCCCUCUCUCCACCUCGAGAUCCAAGACUGGGAAUACGUCCCCCGCAAAAACGCGAGCGAGUUCCCCAUCUUCCAGAACCCUCGAAAAUGGCCGAUGGGGAUUCGGGGACCGGGAGGACAUGAAGGGUACGGCGGAGGGGGACACUAAGUAGAUACAGCAGCUCGAGCAGUUCCAGGUUGUUUCGUUGGGAAGGGGUAGCGCGAGCUCUAGGAUGGAAAAGGAGAAUAAGUGGAUGUAGAAGAAAAGAAGGGAAGGGAAGGAAAAACAGAGAUGCGGGCAAGGAGGGAGAUCGAUCCUGCUCGCUGAGGCGACUGGCUGCGAAGACAGUUUCGAUCUUAAACAUGAAUUCGUUUGAUUGACAUCUAUUAUUUCUGUGUCUUUGUUUGGUGAUAAAAACAUUUGAUGGAUUCGUCUUUUGUCCUUUUCGGCUUUAUGGAUUAUUUGACAUUGCUCCGGGU